UGAGUGGCGUCACUUCCUGUGCGGCUUGACUUCCUGUGCUGUUUCCUACCUCGUUCUCUCUUUGCUGCCAGACCUCCGCCAUCAUGGGUCGCAUGCACGCUCCCGGGAAGGGCCUGUCCCAGUCGGCGCUGCCCUACCGCCGUAGCGUCCCCACGUGGCUGAAGUUGACGUCUGACGACGUGAAGGAACAGAUUUACAAAUUGGCCAAGAAAGGCCUGACUCCCUCCCAGAUAGGUGUAAUCCUGAGGGACUCACACGGGGUGGCCCAGGUCCGUUUUGUGACUGGAAAUAAAAUCUUGAGAAUUCUCAAGUCCAAAGGCCUUGCCCCUGACCUCCCCGAGGAUCUCUACCAUUUGAUUAAGAAAGCUGUUGCUGUCCGAAAGCACCUUGAGAGGAACAGAAAGGAUAAGGAUGCUAAAUUCCGCCUGAUUCUGAUAGAGAGCAGAAUUCACCGAUUGGCUCGAUACUAUAAGACUAAGCGGGUGCUCCCACCCAAUUGGAAAUAUGAGUCAUCCACAGCCUCUGCUCUAGUGGCAUAAAUGCUAUUGUGUGCACAAGCAAUAAAAUCGCUUUGAGUAAA